GGAAAACCGCAUUUUCCUUUCAUAGCUUGAUGCUGGAGAAAAACGGUAUAUUGAGAAAAAUGGAGAUAAACGGCAAGUUAAUCUAAUACCUGCAACAUGAACAACGGCCAAACCUAUAAAUGAAAUAAUUUUAAAAUUCUGCUAUUAGUUAAAUUGUAAUAAAAUCGUCAUGGACCGUUUAAGGAGUGUGUGGGGAACAGUGGUAACAAAAGUGAAGUCAUGGGAGAAAACAGAGCUAAAUGCAAGCCAGAUUAGAGAUCCAGUGUUCGGCAACCUGCUGACCAUCACCAUAGCUGAAGUAGCAGCCUAUAGAAUUAUUACACAAGAUGUCAGGGUGGGAGCUUUACCGUCUUAUAUGCCUUAUUUACUUAUCACUCUAGUGGCGAUGGUCGAAGCAAUAUUAGCUCCAAUCGUAUCCUGGUUUGGCUAUAGAACACGCAAGAAGAUGUUACUCGCGUGGUCGCUUGCGUUGAUUCUGACUUCGUUUGUGUGGUUCGUGUUACCCAGACCUGACAGUAUCGAGGAGUCAGAAUUCUGCAACAGAUUUGUACGGAAUCCCACAAUAACGUACACAGGCCUGUCAGCACGUACAGCUGUCAGACUGCUCGUUACCAUAGUAGCGGCGAUCGGCUUCUGCCUGUCGAGAGCAGCCACGUGGAGUCACUAUAUCGCGUAUAGUGAUGAAUAUGCGCCGCAGCGUACUAGCGUUCAUUUUGGUAUCCUUGUAAUAAGUAGAGUCAUACCGCUCAUGUUCGGUUACAAAAUGUUGACAUUGAUCGUGGAACAGACGGUGCUAUUAAAAAUUUUGAUAAUAACAAUAAGUACGGUAGUCAAUGGACUACGGAUACACUUUUCUGUACCAAAAGGCAUCCCAAAAGUAGCGGAGGGGGUCAAUGUGCCAUCUAUGGUCGAUAGAGGUUUCUUUCAAAGUCUGACUCGGGUGCUUUGCAAUCUGGUUGCCAUGACGCAGAUGAUGGCGAUGGGACUUUUAACAGCCGCGUUCUGGGGUUUUGGUUAUCAUGAAGAGGAAGUUGCUAAGACAAACUACAACGUGUUGCCCGUAGCAUCAAACGUGAACAAUCACACGGAAUAUUUCCGUUACUUCCUGGCUAUCGUUUCGGUUGUGUACGUAGGAGUAAAACACUCCGAACCCAUACGCAAAGAGUACGAAAUACAACGAGGUCUGAAGCAAGUGAUAAAAAUGACGAUCAUAGCAGCUGUGAUGUAUAUCAUUAUUGUGAUGGUCCCGCCAUGCAAGAAAGGGCAGGUUGCUGGCUUUGAGAAUAGUAAUAGAUAUGUACAUCCAACUUGCAGUUUGCCUUGUGGUUGCGUUCCAAGAUGGCGCGAGUUUUCCCCCGUGUGUGUGGUGGAUACAAUGACGACAUACAUGUCACCAUGCGAGGCGGGAUGUGUGGGAACUGAUAAUAUCGCUAAUUUGCAGGUGUACACAAACUGUAGCUGCUCAGUAUUGGGGCGGGCAGUGCCGGGCGCCUGCAGCGACUACAACUGCUCGCACGGAUAUAACUUCCAUCUCGCUGUGUACACCAUUAUUAUUACUGUUUCUGUGCUAGCAUUCCAAUCACAAGGCAUGGUGAUACUAAAGUCCGUGGACCCGCGCGACAAGUCCGUGGCGAUGGGCGUCAUGUGGUCCGUCAUAGCUAUAGUGGCGUUUGUGUUUGGGCAUAAUAUCUACUAUUUUAUUGCACUGAAAUCCUGCGCCUGGCUGACUGGUGAAAGGUGUCAAGUGUUCAAUGAUCGCUUCCCGUACUUUGUUGGAUAUACCAGCGCCAUCUUGGCCUUUAUAUCUGUGUCCGUUAAUUUUAUAACAAAAGGGUAUAUACGAUUUAAAGAAAAACAUAGUGUGCCACAAAGUGACGAGGAAUAA